GGGAGACCCCGCGGGCCCAACGCCCUCCGCCCAACCCCACGGCCCGUGCGCCCUGCAGAGGAAGGGCUGGACGGUGGGGUGGGCGGCGGGUGGGUCGGUUACCUCUUCCUGUCUCCCCGCGGUCGGCGCGAGGUUUUUCGAGCUGUAUGGCGGGAGCUGGGGACGAGCGUGAGCCAGGCCCCGCGGCGGGGGAACCGCAGCAGCCGCCACCCGCCUCCUUCCAGGUCUUCCCCGAGCGGCCGGCGCAGGAGAAGCCCCAGCAAGGGCUCCUCUCCAGCUUCUUCACCCACAACCAGAAGUGCCAGCUCAUGCUCCUCAGGACGCUGCAGACAAGUAGGAGCCGAGACCCGGAGGCUGGGGGUCGGCGAGGUGGUACUUGUGUGCGAGACAGAGCCAUUCUUUCUAUCCUGGCUGUCAGGAAUAUCAGCAGAGAAAUAGCUGAGAAGGCUGUUGAUGAAGUCUUUGAGUCUUGUUUCAAUGACCACGAACCUUUUGGAAGGAUUCCACAUAGCAAGAUCUAUGCAAAAUACGCUCACAGAGACUUCCAGAAUCGUGAUCGGUAUUACUCAAAUAUAUGAAGGCAAGACGAUGUAUGUUUUAUAUGAAGGCAAGGACGAUGCAUGUUUUAGUGCUUUAGUGAUCAUGAAGAAAAGAUGGCUGUUAAGGAAACAUAUAUAAAAGGUAAAUGAUCAACUGAGUCUAGAUAAAACAGGAUACUGCUUUUAAGAUACAAUCAGAGGACUUACCUGCCAAAAAAUGAAACUGCUUUGAACUCCAAGUCUCAGUUUAUGUCUUUGUAGCUAAUCAAUUGGCAAAUGAGACAAAUAAAUAAAUGACAUUUUUGUAUUUUCUGCAGUAUAACUGUGUUUUUAGACUUUUUCUUUUUGAUUAUUGUACUUUAAAGCCAUGCACUUGUGUCUCAUGCAUGCAUGUAAUCCUAACUAUUCAGGAGGCCGAGAUCUGAG